CUCAAAACAAAGAAAAAAUUAAUUACAUAAAAAUCUAACAAACUGUUGAGUUUUUCAUCAAAAUGAAACGUUUAAAAGAUAAAGCAAAGAACCAGCAUCAAGUCGCAUGCCAAAAGACACCGAAUAAAUUCAAAACACUUCCAAUCGAUGUCCUCCUCUAUAUUUUCAAUUUCUUGACAUGUCCUGAAGAUAGAAUGAGCUUGAUAUCAACAUCCAGAAGAACAUUGACAACAUUUUUCGAUGAAAUCGGGAUUAUGAGGAAGAUGACGACAACAUUUUAUAAGAACGAUAAAGUAAGACGUAAUUUUAUCAGGAAUUAUGGAAGAAAAUUGCGAAACAUCGAAGUUAAAAUUGAUCGACGAGUCAUUAAGUUCUUGAAGAUGAUGUUGCCUAAAAUCCCAAAUGUCGAGCAGUUGUCUUUGGAUGUAUCAGAAAUUGAUGUAAAAAAUUAUGUUAAAAUCCAGUUGAGAAAAAGAUCAAUCAGCCUUCCAUUCCUCAACAAGGUAGAGGUCUUCAAGCCAGUUGAUUUAAAAGUCAUCACGAGUUUUAUAGAAGAUUCCAUCAAGUGUGUCAAAUACAGCACAGAGAUCUGCAACUUAAUAGACAUCACUGAAUAUCUUAAGAAUGUCCAAUCAUUUGAGUGUGGAUAUCCGAUUGCAAUUCUGCCACCAAAUGCUACACCUGAUUUACUAACUUUCAACUCAAUUACAAGCAUCAAAAUCAGCAAUGUUCACUGUGGAAGCCUCAAGGACCUCAAUUUACCUAACAUCAAGUUCAUCGAAAUCGACAAACUUGGAUGGACGGAUUUUUACCUUCGUGGGUUCUUUAACAGCAUCAGUAAUGUUGAGCAUUUCAAGAUUAAUGCAAUUUCAUCAAGUUUAGACAUCCCUGACAUUAUUGGAGAAGUUGUGCGAUUGCCAUCUUUAAAGACAUUCAGUUUACAGCAUAUCCAUAAAUUCUCAAUCUACAUCAACGUUGAGGAACACAAAAUUGUCUUAUCUGAUUACAUCCGUGACAAUUGUGAGCCUAUUUUGAAAGCCUUACAAUCUGGCUAUGAAUGGUAUCAAGGUGAAUAAGUAUGCAGGACAGAAGAUAAUAAUGAAAAUUAUUUGUUCAAUUAGCUUCGGCUGUUAUUAAAGAACAGAGAUCAGCGUAUCGUGGUAGAGGAAGGGCCUUUCCCCAACCACGAAAGGAAACUUUUCAUUGGACUUGAAUUA